ACAAUAUUAAAUCGACAGUGGUUGCCUGGCAAAUUAUAAAUUACACACAAUACAAAAAUUUGCGCAUAUUCUUGUUUUGAUAUGAAAUUUCGUAAUUGCUUGUAUUUUGAUUAUUUAUCUUAUAUCUAGACCAGGUUUUUAAAAUAGCAAGCCGUAAAAGUAUAUUUAUCUGUUUACAAAUUGCUGUUGCGUGACGUGAUCCAAUUAUCUUGACCUUCAGAGCGUCGAUCGUGAAAGUGUAUUCUUUGCUAUUCUGGGGACGACAACGCCUUUGUCAAAACGGUGAAAUUUGGAAGAUAAAAGUUUCUCGCUUCUCUGUGAAAUAGUCGCUGUUAGAUCCGUACAACAAUGAAAACCUCAACAAGACGACAUUUUGAAGGCUCUUUCAAGAACGACGAAUCUGAGCAGUCAGAACUGGAAUUGCUGAUAACCAUAAUGCAACAGGGCAGCAGAAUGUUAAAGAUUGAUCGUAAAUCACGUGGUGCGAUGAAGACGUUCAUAUUGGAUGACGAUCUUUUAGGCUUUAGGUAUCAACCUUGUGCAAAAAGCAACCGAGUGGAUUUGAAAUCAAUAAAAAGCGUCGCCCUCACGCCUUUAACAAGAUCUGUUAAAAAUUUUAAAUUUUCACGAGACAAUUGCUUUACGGUUGAAAUUAUAAAUCGGCAUCCACUUGUUGUUUUGGCUUCGGAGAAACGUAUUGCGGAGAGUUGGGUGAGGGGACUGGCACUACUAAUCACCCAAAAAGCUGCAGUUGAUGGUUCUCUUCAUCCAAAAAGAAAGUGGUUAUUUGACACGUUUGACUCUUACGACAACAAUAGAAGUGGCUCUAUUGACUUUAAGGAACUCAUCAAAAUUGUGGCGUCUCUAAACAUUGCAAUGACAAAAGAGCAAUUGAUGAAUAAGUAUAAGGAGUUCAACCAAGACCUUGAUGAAUCUGUUGCUGGUAAAAAAUCUGGAUUAGACAAAGCCCAAUUUGCAUCAUUUUUUGAAAGUAUUUCAAAACGAUCUGAUAUCGAAGAAACUGUAAUGGCCAAAUAUUCUUCCAAUGGAACUUAUCUUACUUGUGAAGAACUGCACAAUUUUCUUACGAAGUCACAAGGGAUGACGAAUGCAACAGUAGAAGACUGUAAAUUAACAAUCCAGUCUUAUGAAAUGAUAGAUGAAUACAAAUCUAAAAAUUGUUUAAGCAUUGAUGGUUUCUCUUGUUAUUUACUCUCGAAAGAAGGAAAUAUAUAUGAUGACAGCCAUGACUCAUUGUAUCAGGAUUUUACACAGCCAUUGUCUCAUUACUUCAUAUCUUCAUCUCACAACACGUAUUUGGAAGGUGAUCAAUUGAGGGGAACAGCUUCAGUUGAGGCUUACAUCAGUGCUUUGAAGAAAGGUUGCCGUUGUGUUGAACUUGAUUGUUGGGAUGGUGAUGACGGUGAGCCAGUGAUAUAUCAUGGACAUACUUUAGUCAAUAAGAUACUCUUCAAGGAUGUUAUCCAAGCAAUAGAGAAGUUUGCGUUCACUACCUCACAGUAUCCGGUGAUUUUGUCACUGGAGAACCAUUGCAGUAUUUCUCAACAAGAAAAGAUGGCGUCCUACUUGAAAACGAUUUUAGGUGAUAAAUUAUUUUCCAAAUGCGUUGAUACCAGUUUGAAAGAUCUUCCUUCUCCGGAAUUUUUUAAAAACAAAAUACUCAUCAAGGGAAAGAAAUUUAAUGACGAUGGUUUUAUGUUGGAAGGAGAAGAAGUAGAAGAAGAAGAAGAUGAUGAAGAUGUCCAACUUGAUGAACAAGGAAAUGCCGUACCAAAUAAACUAGAUAUGGAACCGAAUGAUAAACAGUCGAGUGAGAAAAAAAAGAAAAUCAAACUUUCACCCGAGCUUUCAAGACUUGUUAACCACUGCAAAGCAGUUCAUUUCGACAGUUUUGCAAAAAGCAAAGAAAAGGGAAAAUGUUAUGAAAUGUCGUCAUUUGGCGAAAGCCUUACCAAGAAACUAGUGAAGGAAUCCACAUUGGAUUUCAUAGAGUACAACAAGAAGCAAUUAAGUCGAAUUUAUCCAUCUGGAAGUCGAGUGGAUUCGAGUAAUUUCAACCCUUUAAUGGCAUGGAGUGUUGGAUGCCAAAUAGUGGCCCUAAAUUUUCAAACAGAGAGUGUGAUGAUGGAUUUGUAUCUUGCCAAGUUUCGUACGAACGGAAAUUCUGGAUACAUUUUAAAGCCAGAUUAUAUGAGAAAUGAUUCAAUAAAAUCUCCACCCAAAAUGCAAAAACUUAAAGUUGAGGUUAUAAGUGGUCAACAAAUACCUAAAGUCAGUGGUACUUCAAAAGGCGAGAUUAUAGAUCCCUACGUCACAGUUGCGGUGUAUGAUGAACAUGGAGCGAAACAAAUUUUUCAAACAAAGUCUAUCAAAGACAAUGGCUUCAAUCCCCGUUGGAAUGAGUCUUUUGAAUUUGAAAUAAAGAAUCCUGACUUAGCAAUGCUACGAUUUGCCGUUUAUGAUGAGGAUAUUGGUAAAGAUGAUUUUAUUGCUCAAUUUUCUACUCCGUUAUUGAGCAUAAAACCAGGUUACCGUCAAGUAUCAUUGAAUGGCCAUGGUACAAAAUCAUUAUUUCCAGCAGCAUUACUUGUUCAUGUGACUAACACAUGAUUAAAUACAGUCCACAACUUUCAUUUCCAAACCAAGUUAAUAAAUGGUAAUAAAUGCAUGCUGCAUUCAGUGAUGGUAGGUGGGUCUCUUACUUCAGUUUUGCCAAAGAUAUUUUUUUUGGAAAGAAGAAUGACUCUCAAUAGAAACCAGAUAGGCAAAGGUGAAUAGACAUGUAUAUCCCCUCCCUCAUCAUUUGCUUAAUAGUAACAGCCUUGAAUGCUAUUCAUUAUCAACUUAUAUUUUUAUCGCCAUAAGUUAUUGGAAAUUAAUGUAAAUUGCAAUCAUGCGCAAUGCAAAACUUUCAAAGUAAAUAAACCGAAAAAAUGUAA